AUGUGGUUCGAGGUUUUAAGAACUCGGUAUGGAGAUAUAUCAACGGAGGUUUUUUGUGGGGAAUCUAAAGCGAAUUCAUCUCUUUCUAAGUUUUUGUGGUGGAAGGAUUUAACCAACAUCGGUAAGUCGACUAGUAGCGAUCCGGUGGCGGACCUAUGCAAGUUCGAGAUUGGUAACGGUUUUUUUAUUCCUUUUUGGGAAGCUUGUUGGAUGGAUGGACAUAUUCUUAGGUAUGAUUUUCCGGAUCUUUUCUCUUUAUCUUGUUUCAAAAAGGUUUCGGUAGGUGCGAUGGGAGGAUGGCAUAAUGGUGUUUGGUGUUGGGGAGUUUUAGGCAUAAAAUCUUGUUUUUUGUCUCCCGAAAUUCUUCUUUCGAUUUCUUCUCUCCGCUCCAUUUUACCGGUGGUCGCUAGUUUACCGGACAAGGAGGACAAAGUUUGUUGGCAAGGGACUAUAGAUAGUGAGUUUUCGGUAGCUUCUUGUUAUAAUUUUUAUGCUUCUAUUCGUACUCCGUUUGGUCCGCACAAUAAAUAUGAAGACUUGGUGGCCAUAAUUUGGAAGAUGGAGGUUCCUUCUAAGAUAAGGAUUUUUGGGUGGAGACUUUUUGUUAAUAGAUUGCCUACUAAAGACCUUUUGAAGAUUAGAGGUAUUCCUUUUCCUUUAAACUCUUUAAGUUGUUCUUUUUGUGAGGCGGAGUUGGAAAGUAGAAAUCACUCCUUCUUUAAUUGUAAAGUGGUGGACCUAAUUUGGAAAGACAUAGCAUUGUGGAUAGGUAAACCGGUAGGAAAGGAGGAGGAUUGUUUAGCAAAUUUUUUGGAUUGGUAUAGUUUUUGUAAAGUCAACAAAGUUAGGAAGGGAAAGUGGGGGCUUUUUUGGAUGGCAACCACGUGGUCCAUUUGGUUAAUUCGGAACGGUAUUUGCUUCCGGAAUGACGGUUGGAGUGUUGAUGACACGGUGUGGAAUGUAAAGUUUCUUGUUUGGAAGUGGUCUUUUUUGGGAGAAAAUCACAAGUCCAAUUAUAGUUUCUACGACUUCAUUAAGGAUCCCUUAUUGUUCCUUAAGUAG